AUGAGAGCUUCUCAGAGUCGCCAAAAGAGUUAUCGUGAUAAGAGAAGGAAAACACUUAAGUUACAAAAAGAUGAUCACAUGUUCUUGAGGGUUACUGGUGUUGGUCGAGUUUUGAAGUCUCAAAAGCUCACUUCGCAUUUCAUCGUUGAGGAUAUAUAUCUGGAUCCUUUGCAUGUGAUCCAAAUGGAUGAUGUACAAAUGAAAGAUAACCUGACUGUUGAGAUAUUACCCGUGCAAAUAUGGGAUCGAGAGGAGAAGCAGUUGCGUGGUAAAGAGGUUUCCUUGAGGAAGGUAGUAUGGGGAGGACCAGCUAGUGAAAGAAUGAUGUGGGAGCGUGAGGAUCAGAUUAGAGAGUCUUGA